AUUCCUCUUUCUUACGUUACAAAAACUUUAUGGAUACCUUUAAGACUCUAUAUAUAUGUAAGCAUCUCCCUCAUCCUCUACACUACAUACCAUCCACUUAAUUUCAAAUCCCUCAAUUUUCUUUGCUUUUUAAUCAAAACCCUCUAAUUUUGAAACAACAUAUUGAAAAUGUCCACCAUUGUUUAUCAAGACUUACAAUUCAUUGAAUCAAAUACAAAUAAUCUUACUCUUAAAUUCAAUAAUAAUCCUCCAAAAUGUGAAAAAAUUAGUUUCAAAUCUUCAAGAAAUUGUAGUUGGAGUGAAAUUGAAUCAUUAUCAACCAUUAAACAUGACAAAAAUCAAGAAAUAUAUGUUCAUCCUCUACAUAAAAACUCAUCUUUCAAACUUAGUGAGAAAAGUUUGGAAAUGUGUACGGAAAGUUUAGGCAAUGAAACAGGGUGUUCUUCCAUGGAUAAUAGCUUCUUCCUCUUCCCGCUAUCAUCAUCAUCAGAUCAAAAAAUGUCACAAAAUUCCUCAUUAUUUUCAUCCUCAAUUACGACGAUAGAUCAAAAAGCGUCACAAAAGAAGAAGAAGAAGGAGGAAUUACCAUUAUUAACAAAAGAGAAUUUUCCGCCUCCAUUAACGACAAGAAAUGGUGAAAAUCUGAUCAAAAUUAGGUCACAUCGAGAACAAGGUAGAUUGGUGAUUGAAGCUAUUAAUUCUCCGCCAAAACGUUCGUAUAUGCAAUCCGAAAGAAUUAUUGGCAGACUUAAAUUAUCAUUAACGAAAGAUUAUUAUUUAAAUUACUGUUCGGAAAUUGACGUAAUUAAUAAAGACGAAGAGAACAGAGGUGAAAAGUGUCAAAAUACGAAAAAUGAAGCGACGGAGAAGGAAAGUGUGGAGAAAAGUGUCGAAAAGGAAGCGUCAGAAGGAAGAGAUUAUUUAUUAUUAGAAAAUGAUAAGAAUAAGAAUAGUAAUUGCAUGACAGAUAGUAUAAGUGUCGAAUUUGGUGUAAAAUUGGGUUUGGGAAAUUUACAAAGGCUUAGAAGAUGCAAAGAAGGAAGUCAUGGGAAUAAGAGAUUAAUUAAUUGGGAACCUUUUUGGGUGGUUACUUAAAAAAAUAGACACAAAUAUUUAAAAAAUUGAUGGUUACUUUUUAAUGUAAUCUUGUCUCUCCUAGUUUUAGGUUUGUUCAUGUACUUAAUAUAUUAUUAUAUAACUCUACAUGAUUCAAACCAAUUAUUCCA